CGACUGCGACCAGAUUACGAUGUCGAGCUUCAGUCGCGAUAUGGGAUCGAUGUGGUAUGGUGGGGGCAGUGUUUAGGUAAGAUCUCAGAGCAUAGCUCUCGAGUAUUAGACCGUAAGGCAAGCUAUUCGUCUCAUUCAAUCCGUCCAAGCGUUGCCCACAGGCAUACUGCUGCGCCCUCGUGCUUCCUCAAUAUGACUGCGAUGUUGCCUGCAGCAGCCUCAACUACCUCAUUGCUCUCAUGACUCCGACCACCAAGGAAGUAUAUCUCUCAGCUUAAGUGGAUCAGCACCUGGACGCAAGACCCUAGUCUCUGGCCUGCAUUGCUCGGAAGACCAAACACAAGGGCUGAAGCACAACAAAAGCAGCACUCUGUUACACAACUGCUCCAAAAAGGCUGCUCUAGGUUGUGUAUUCGACAAGCCUAGCAAGGCCGACCUACUAUGCCAGAACAACCCAUCUUCGCGUCCCUGAACGGCGCGGCCAUUUACGCGGCUACCGCUGCCGCAGAAGAUUUUGUCUUUGAUGCGAAGCCGAACGCCAAUGCUAUCGCACGUCGAAGUGUUUCCAUCUUCAGCAGGCGAGGGACGGAGGUUCCGGAGCCCAGCCCGCCCUUUAUUGCUCAAGCAGCGAUAAAGACCCAGCAGCCCGGAAAGCAGAUGACGGAAAGGCAAAAGAGCUGGAUCAGUCGAAGACGGAGCGUUGGCGGGCCCAUGAGCCCGGUCAAGGCAAAGUCUGAGACGAAGAAACUCAGAGGCACCAUUCUUAUGGCCGUUCCAGCAGCCAAAACAAUCCAGAUGACGACGCUCGAAGAAGAAAUGGCAACGAGCCCGAACGAGGAGAUCCUCUCGGCUGUUAGCGGGCAUAGCACAGCUCGCAAUGUCACUGCAUCACACCCAACUCUGCCUUCCCCGUCGCCAGAGUCACCUCGAGGAUCUUUCGACAGCAGUCCAGUAAGGUUAGCUCAACGCACGAGAAGCGAGAGGAGACAGGACACAACGGAUAGGAUUGGCAUGUGGGCGAAUGGUGUUGCACAGUGGGAUGACCAGCUCAAUGUCAGGACCAUCCAGCACAAUCAGUGGGUCGAAGAGGUAAUCAGAGGGGAGACUGGGUUCAGUCCUGUGCACUGCAGACCAACCGUGGACGUGCAGGCAUCGUCGCGAGUGCGACCGACACUGUCUCUGUCAAUUCCUUCGCGCAAGGAGCCAAAGCCAGGUAUGGCCCACGCUACCAAGGCCGCUCAAGGGAACAUCCAGAGGCCCAUCAUCUCAGUCCCUCCCACGAGCAUCCUAUCUAAGUUCAACAUCGCCACGCCUGCAAUCACCAUACAGGCGCCCAAAGACGGCAAUGAUGCAUCUUCAGUAACCUCGAUCCAAGCAACGCCACCGUCAACAGAGAUGUCGGAAGGCGAUCAGAUGAACGUCGUGGGCUCGCCGGAGUGUCACAAGCCAAUGACCUCACGACAUUCUUCUUCAACUUUCAGCUCCACACCCGAGGAGCAGCACAGCGAUGGCGAAAGCAGUGUCACCAGCAAGGGCACCUCAGCGACGAGCGUUGAUGCCGCGGCCCUCGCAAUCCCAAAGAAGAGCAGUAAGCGACUCUCGGGACGCGUGCUCUCCGCCAGGGUCACUCCUCGCGAAUCAUUCGAAUCCUCCGACCAGGACAUUGCAUGCGUUGACCUCAACAAGCCUCUUCCGCCAAGCCCUAUACCCGUCCCUGCGCGUAUUGCGCCCUCCGCGCCGCAAACCAGGGGGGCUCACAAGCGAGCGAGGUCUGUACUUGGUGACACCAAGUCCCUGUCAAACACCACCGUGACAUCACUGUGUCCCGCAACACCACGCAUUCUCAAGACCCGAUCAAUGUCUCACCUCGAUGAGCUUGAUGCGCAAUUCAUGAUGACGUCGCCGUACCCUCACAUGCGCCCGGGUCAAGCACUUGGCUCUGACUGCUCGACCACGGAUGGGGAGGCUGAGCCGCUGACGCCUCCAAUGACUCAAGCGGAAAACGGUGCCAAGUUCCAGCUCUGCUGUGUAGCGGACGACGUCUUCACCGAGGGCUUAGCUGGAAAAGGAGCUUAUGAAGACAAGCCUGGAAGCAUCGAUGCUCUUCCCGAGAGAUCGACGUCCAUGCAGCGCAAUGAGAGCGUACAUAGUGUCAUGCAACCACCCGAACGUGCGCCCACUGUGCCACGAAGAAGCCGGAAGCGGCACUGGCGGGGAUCCAAGGUCAGGCAAGCUAACAAUUCGAUGGAGCCCCGAAGAAGAAGUUCAGAAACCAAGCUGGCCGUACCUUCUACCGCGGAUGACUGCGAUCAGAUACCUACAUUCGCGGCAAUCUACCGCAGCCCAAGCGCACCGACUCUCACCGGAGAUGCUCAGGUAGACAGCAGCGCGUCACAUGGUCUCGGCAUUAUGAUCGAUGAUGGCCUUGUGGUCACCAAGGGUCCCAGAGUUGUGUCAGCGGACGACAGAGAGGAGAGGGGCCUUGCGGCCGCAUACGCCGAAGACGUAUUGCUCAACAUCCUCUCCUCACUGCGAUGCAUGGACGACCUUUUCAACACUGCUCUGAUCAACAAAGGCAUGUACCGUGUGUAUAAGGAGAAUGCGCUACAGCUGCUUCGCACUGUGGCGUUCAACAAGUCGCCUGCGGCGUGGGAGUUCCGCGAGUGGUGUCCGCCGGAUCGCAACCCUUCCGAUUCCAGCAGCAAAGCAUCUUCGCAGCUUGAGCAUACGCCUGUAUCCUACAUGCGCUGUUACCGCCGCGAUGUGGUGGUUAUCGAGUCGCUGAAGGCGCUGAUGGUGAAGCACUGUCACACUUUUGUUCGACGCGAAACGGUCUUCGCGAUCUCCACACCAACGCAUCCACAUGCACAGCGCUUCAACGAUGCUUUCUGGCGCAUCUGGUGCUUCUGCAAGAUCUUUGGGUACCAGAAGGGUCGUGAAGACGACGUAACCGGCCAACUGGAUUGGCUGAAGGGCGGCCUGUUGGCGGACAACCAGGGAUGUGUGGCGACGGUCAACACGAACCUGGACUUCGACAUGGGUAGCAUACUACUCAACGCGCCUGACCAUUUUGCGAAGGGCAACGUUGAUGGCUUGAGUUCGCAGCAGCUUUACGACCUCACCGAGAUUUGGCAAUGCUUGACGGCUCUGCUUCAAGGUUACCUUGGUCACACCGACUUAGCUAGAGACGCCGGUGUCUUCGACGACUGCACAAAAAUCGAAGCAGGAGACGUCGUGAGGGAGGAGCAGACGCUUGAAGAGUGGUGCUAUUACCUACUCACGCUGGGUCCCGCCGUUGUGCUCCAAAUGGCCGAGCAUGCAACAACCAGUCCCGCCGCUGGAUUCACGUCGGCCAAGGUGAACGGCUGGACCAGGUGGACUGCUACGACCCACAGUGGUAGUCGCGGCACCUUCUUCAGAGAGCCUGUGUCUCGGCUGUAUGAAGAGCGCAUCACAGCUGCCGUGGCACAGAACCCUUGCGAGCAGGAGAAAAAAGACAUGAGCCGGAAGCGUGUCGCCAGUCUUGCCGCUGAGAUUCGCCUCCGCAGACAGUCUAGCAGCUAUAAGCGCUCGCCGUAUAUCGACAUGCACACGGAACGUUCCAUGAGCGUGCUGUCACGCCGAACCAGCUCCGUGGAAGCCGUGGGCGCGCAAGCCUACAACGGCAUGAUGUCGCCGCUAUCCUCAGCACAAUGCUGCUCGCCAGCUACAAUGUCGCCAUGCACGCCAAGCGUCCCGCGACCACAGAUACAAUAUAUCAAUUCUCCGUGGCAGGUGCGCAAGAUCUCGCCAAUCAUUGAGGAACGAGUCGAGAACUUCAACAGAUUGUCAUUGCAAUGCUUGGCUGGGGUCGCAGAAGGUACCAGCGAGCAUGCAGUCAACAAGAUUGUCGAUAUGGGUUUCACAGCGGCCCAAGCAAAGCACGCUCUUAGGAUUACAGAUAUGGGUGACGGACUUCGGGUAGAUCGUGCCGUGGAUCUGUUGAUCAGGCAGAAGGCGUAAGGUGGUUCAGCGUUGCUCGGCGAUCUAUAACGGAGUUGCGAUGAUUAACGAUACCCAAGAUAGCCAGCGUAGUAUUGUCUUCUCUACCGCAGUAAUCGAACAGCUUCCGUCUCGACGGUGACAAUGAUCGAUAGCAUUGAUG